AUGGAUCCUGUGGAGCCAGGCGAUUGGGUGACUGGAAGACCUCAGCAAUUGAUCCUUUUAACUGGUUUGGACCCAACGAAUCGUCCGCUUCACAAUGUGCUCUUGGCUGCUUUUUACAAUCGAACCCCUGAUCGGCCAGCGUUUAAGGUUCGCCUCAUCGCUGGUGAUGCCGAUUUGCCGCAGAAAACGAAAAAGAAGAAAACGAGAGGGAUUCUGCGGAAAGAAUGGCCGAAUAAAUACCUCAAUCAUGUGCCGGCUUUAGUGGUGCUUUUUAUGGAUCUCGAUUGGGAUCAUCCAUCAUGGAGCGAAAAGUUGUUAGAAGCAAGCAGCAAAACGGAGAGUCUGCGGAACAGCAUUCAACACGAAAGUCGAUUACUUGUCGUGCUUCUACAAGAAAAAACAACUUCUUUCCCGUCUGAAGGAGAGGAAAAGGCGAACGAGUUUUGCCAUCAUUGUCAAAUGUCCUCAAAGCAAUUGUUUGUUGUAAACACAGCCGGUGACCUCUCAUCGCAUGUCGGAAAGCUUGAAUUGGCUUUUCACGAGCACGCCCAAGCUUUCUAUCAAGCAAAAAUCAAGACGAUUCGAAGUCGCUCAAUUCCGAAUAAUUCCCCCGAGUUGCUCGUUCGACAAAUGUUCAAACUUGGUUUUCUCUCAGAGCUUCGCCAAGACACACAUACAGCUUUAAGAAACUACAAACUAGCAUACGAUCACUGUCAAAACAGUCAAAAUAAUUGGGAAAUGGCCGAUUAUUUCGAGUGGAGAAGUGUUGCUGGACUUCUCAACUACAAGAUUUGUGAGCUCUAUUUUCUUCACAAUACUCCAAGGGAUGCAAUCACGUUGAUGAACAAGCAUAUGUCCGCUUUCUUUUAUGGUGAACCCGGAAAUUAUCCCAGUGCUCAACUUGCAGGGAUUGAAUAUUCAUUAUGGAAAAGUAAACAAAGCUGGCAGUUUGCAGAGCUUUUUGAAAGAGCUGUUGUCAAUGGGUUGACCGCGGUGGCUGCUGUGAAUCCAGGAACCUUUCUUGACUAUGCAUCCACCCACUUUGCCACUGCAAAUCGAAUGAUUCGAGAACUGAAAGCAACAUCCCCGAUUUCGGCUUCUUAUCCAAAUCCUGAUCCGCUAGCCAGUGCUGUGGACUUCUACGGACAACGACCGUGGAGAGUCGGCCCGCUUGACACAGCCACCGCACUCCAUUUGGAACGAGCCGCGAUUUUUGCUUUGCAGUUACGUCUUCACGAGAAUCACGACGGGUUGAUGACACUUCUUUCUGCUGCGUCAAUGCAAUACAAAAAAUAUGGUUGUCCACGACUACAUCGAAAGAUUAUGAUUGAGAGUGGUGAUGCUCAAGCAGCAGCUGGAAAGCCGGAAGAGGCGUUGAAGUUGUGGACGCACGUUUUGCGGGAGGGAACCCUUCCCGAGAAUCUUCGACUCACUCUUCUCAACAAAGCUCUAUGGUCUUCCUAUUGCAAUGUUUUGCUCAAAGAAACGAUGUGGUCGGUGAUUCAACUUUUGCGGGUAGAACCAAGUGGAACUUUGGAUCCAUUGCAUCAAGAGAUUUUCAUGAAAAUUUGUGACGCAAAAACGCCUGCAAAUCCCUUCUCGACGCAAUUGGCUGAAAAUCAAGUUCAACAUAUUUCAAUGCUUUGGAAACAAAAGCUUGAAGAGUCGCAAUUUUUCACCGUCAAUUGCUCAAAGCUAUCAACGUUUGUGCAGGUUUCUGCAUGCUUCCUACAAACGGAACCUGUGUCAGUCGAUAUGCAAGUUCCUCUACGUGUCACUCUCACUUUGCAAACAAGUUUUCCCAUAACAUUUUCUGGAGUACGAGUCUCAGCGUAUCAUUGUGAGUCGAGUGGACGACGAAUCGGCACCGCUGAUGACCAGGCCACAUUCAAUGUCUUCAGAAGUAAUAUCACCCUCCAGCCAUUCACCCCGUCACAUUUCUAUUUUGCCAUCGAUUUGAAAGAUUCGGCGUCGAUUUUGAAAGAAGGGCAUUUGGUUACGAUUGGAAGAGUUUCACUGGAAAUCGGUGAUCGAACACAAAAAGGGGUUUUCUCAACAUUCGAAUGGGAUGGAAAUGCGCUCGGACGAGAGCGCCUCAAUUUACUGGAUUUGAAAGCCUAUGGUCAACAAUUGAGUGUCAGGGUGGUCAACAUGGUUGGAACAAUCACGAACAUUGGGGACAAAAAUAUCGACUGUUUAUUGGCUGAGAUAGCAUCGGCAAAGCUUCGCCUCAAAAACGAAACAAACCGAGAGUUGAGUGACGUUCGGAUUGAAUUCAAAAGAAGCGAACAAGCCUCAUCGAGCGCCUCAUCGGUUCUUUUUGUCGACGAUGAUAAUGAGUUGAGAGGAGAACUUGAACUGGCUGUGGCUUCAUCGAUGAAGCCCGGGGAUGAGGUUGAUCGAGCGCUCCAAUUCUCAUCCCAAUUGCAUGGUUCGGUCGAUUUGCUACUAGAAUCAGCUUUCAAAAUCUCGGGUGAGAAAGAAGUGCAGAAAGGACGCGUAGCACUCACGAUCACCUCUGAGGAUCCAUUUAUUGUUCGCAGUCAAGUUCUCACGUUAAACGGAAUUCCGGUGACAAAAGUCCUAAACAGAAGCACUCAUUUGCUGAAAGUGGAUUUGAAAAGCAAUGCCGACAUCGAAAUCACAAGGAUCGAUUGGUUAUUGGCAGACGUGGUUCAAAAUGCUCUAUCAAUCUACUCUGAGAAUGAUUUACCCUCGCCGGAUGUUCUUCUCAAAGGAGAUGUUGUUUCAUAUUGUACACCGAUUGAUAUUUUCUCGCAAGAAGAUAGUGAAGAUGAGAAACCAUUGGGAAGAAUGGUCGUUUUCUGGAGAAGAUGUGGAAGCAGUUUCUCAGUUCGUUCUACCGUACCCCUAUGCCGGACGGUGAUCUCAACUUGCCCCGUUUCAAUCAAUGUCGAGGUUGGUGCAAAGAUCGCAGAGAUGAGAAAACCACUGCUGAUAACUUAUGUUCUACUCAACAACACACUUGAGGUGAUCGAAGCGACAACCUCGUUUGAUCUAACCGAUACUUUCAUGUUCAGCGGGGAUAAACUGCGUAGUGUUCGUCUUUUACCGGGUGUUCCCUUGAGGAUCGAGGUGACUGUGAUGGCGCUGGCUGCUGGGCGACUCUCAUUUCCGCGUCUCACUAUUCGAAGUCCUUCAAUUGCCGAUUCGAUUCUCCUGGACGCUCUACGAAAUCUGCCAGCAACAAUAUUUGUCUUGCCUUUGGCCAAAGAGUACCAGAGC